AUGGCUAUGAUUAUUUAACCAAUAGUUUAUGAUUGUGGUAAAUAAUUAUAUUUGAACUUAAUGAACCGAGAACCACAAUUUAUUACAAUAUCUUAAAGAUACUAUCAAAAGGAGCUUCAACUAAUGGUAUAAAUUCGGUAUUUAAAUAUAUUUGAUUUUAAGGAGAAAACUUACUUUUUGGGGUGUUACUAAUGAUCAAGAGGUAAAAUUAAUGUUAGAGAGUAAAUGA